CGCGCUGGGCUGCGGCGUGGGAAAGAGCGGCGAGGAGCCGAGUGCGCCGCCGCGGGACCGCGCUGUCGCCGGUUCCAGGGAGGAGGCAGGCAGACCGGGAGGACGCUGCAUCCAGCUCGGCGUCCCUAGUUCUGGCCGGGCUGCGCUCCGCGCGGUCUGGGCCGCGAUGAAGCGCCCUUGCGAGGAGACCACUUCUGAGAGCGACAUGGACGAGACUAUCGACGUGGGGAGCGAAAACAAUUACUCGGGGCAAAGUACUAGCUCUGUGAUUAGAUCGAAUUCUCCAACAACGACAUCUCAGAUUAUGGCAAGAAAGAAAAGGAGAGGGAUAAUAGAGAAAAGGCGUCGAGAUCGGAUAAAUAACAGUUUAUCUGAGUUGAGACGACUGGUGCCAACCGCUUUUGAAAAACAAGGAUCUGCAAAGUUAGAAAAGGCCGAAAUAUUGCAAAUGACAGUGGAUCAUUUAAAAAUGCUCCAGGCAACCGGGGGUAAAGGCUACUUUGACGCACAUGCUCUCGCCAUGGACUUCAUGAGCAUUGGAUUCCGAGAGUGCUUAACAGAAGUGGCAAGGUACUUGAGCUCCGUGGAAGGCCUGGACUCCUCCGACCCACUGCGGGUGCGCCUGGUCUCUCAUCUCAGCACCUGUGCCUCGCAGCGAGAGGCGGCGGCAAUGACUUCCUCGCUGGCCCAUCACCACCACCCCCUGCAUCCGCACCACUGGGCGGCCGCAUUCCACCAUCUCCCGGCAGCCCUGCUUCAACCCAGUGGACUCCACACCUCCGAGUCCACGCCUUGUCGCCUCUCCACCGCUUCAGAAGUGCCUCCUGCCCACGGCUCCGCCCUCCUCACGGCCACGUUUGCCCACGCAGAUUCUGCCCUUCGGAUGCCAUCGACGGGCAGCGUGGCCCCCUGCGUGCCACCUCUUUCCACUUCUCUCUUGUCCCUGUCAGCCACUGUCCAUGCGGCCGCCGCCGCAGCCACGGCAGCUGCACACAGCUUCCCUCUGUCCUUUGCUGGGGCAUUCCCCAUGCUCCCCCCAAACGCAGCUGCGGCAGUGGCAGCCGCGACCGCCAUCAGCCCCCCCUUGUCGGUAUCAGCCACGUCUAGCCCUCAGCAGACAAGCAGUGGAACAAACAGUAAACCUUACCGACCCUGGGGGACAGAAGUGGGAGCUUUUUAAGUUUUCACUGAACUUCUUGCAACAGUAACUGAAUGUCCUUAAUUUCAGAGUCAGCUCAAAACUUCUGCACCCUGAAAGUAGCCAUACAGAUUCUGCCUGCAGAUCCACAAAGGAACACUAAAGCUAAAUUUGAGACACAAACCUCACAUGUGGAAAUGUGGUAUUAUCUUUUUUCUUUUUUGACUUAAGGCAGUUUGGUAACUGACAUCAGCAACUUUCACACUCGUUUCCAUUUAGAAGUUUCCUGGAAAAUACGUGAACUAUAUUAUCCAGCAGUGCAUCAGGAUGCCUGAAUUGGGGAGGAAAAGUGCCCUGACUGAAUUCUGUUAAAGCUAGAUGGAAAACAAUAUUCAUGUUUCAUAAGUGCCUAAGCUAGUAAAGUUUUGUUUUGAACAUAAUAACAUUGCACAAAUAAAGAGUGUAGAGAUUAGAUUGAGAAAGGAAAGGGACGGAAGUCUUGCAUUUGGCUGCAGACAUUUUAAUACAGUAUCAGAGAGGAGCACUCUGUUGAAACCAACAGGUUUUUAUUGGCCAAAAGAAUUGCUGAAAAUAAUUUUCAAGUUGAAAGACCUAGUUUUAUCUUAGUUUGCUUUCUUUGUACAGACUUGCCAAGUGGUGACAUUUAGCAAUGCAUUAGUAUAAGCAAUUAUUACAUCAGUGCUCAGAUUAACAAGCAUUUCUGCCCUGCCUGCAAACCCCCAGGCACUUUUUUUCAUGGCUCAAAAUAUGGUGCAUCUUUAUAUAAACCAUAUGUUUAUAGAGUGCACCUAGAAGCAGUUGCCUACUGUGUGCCUAUCAGCCGCUCUUUGAUUCAUGCCAACUUGAAAACUCUCCAGUUUGUAAAAGUUUGGAUUAAUUUAUUCAGCUUCAUUUGGACUAUUUUUUCAUACUUAUUGUCUUCAUUUCAUCCCGAUACUGCAUAAUAUCUAUUCUUGUCACCUUUUGGGGAGCAGUUGCAUUUCUGGAGGUGAUGAGACAGGGAAAGAAUAUUGGGAAGCGCAAAGCCACGAUUUUUAAAUGUUCUUUGUCAAGCUUGUGAUUGUGUUUGAUCCCAAAUCAAGAUGAAUGUAUGCAAAUGGGAUGUACAUAAAUUAUUUUUUUCCAUGCCUAGACUAGUGCUACAUAAUGGUGUUUUGGUUUUUUUUUUGUUUUUAUUUCGUUUAUUGACAAAAUAAUCUCUUAAUACUUUGAAAUUAAGCACGUGAGAUUUUAUGUUUGAGAAAUAAAGACACAGCAUGUAUUAUGCACUUCAUUUCUCUGCUGUGUGGAGAAAGCAAUAAACAUUAUGAGAAUGUUAAACAUUA